AUGGGGAAACACUUCCACCUGUACGAGAACAUCUCCAAAGUGGACCCCUUCGAGGGGCCGCAGUACUACCUGGCCCCGACGUGGGCCUUCCACCUGCAGGCCAUCUUCAUGGGCUUCGUCUUCUUCGUCGGAACGCCUCUAAACUUGGUCGUCCUGCUCGCCGUCGCCAAGUACAAGAAGCUGCGAGUUCCCCUCAACUACAUCCUGGUGAACAUCACCUUCGCCGGCUUCAUCUUCGUCACCUUCUCCGUCAGCCAGGUGUUCGUGUCCAGCCUGAGGGGCUACUACUUCCUGGGCUACACCAUGUGCGCUCUGGAGUCCGCCGUCGGGUCCAUCGCAGGUCUGGUGACGGCCUGGUCGCUGGCGGCGCUGUCCUUCGAGAGAUACCUGGUCAUCUGCAAACCCUUCGGCGCCUUUAAGUUCGACUCCAACCACGCGAUGGCCGCCGUCGUCAUCACGUGGAUCAUUGGAAUUUUCUGCGCAACGCCGCCGUUCUGGGGCUGGAGCAGGUACAUCCCCGAGGGUCUGGGCUGCUCCUGCGGACCCGACUGGUACACCCACAACGAGGAGUACCGCUGCACCUCCUACGUCUACUUCCUGAUGAUCACCUGCUUCAUCUCGCCGCUGACCAUCAUCAUCUUCUCCUACUCCCAGCUCCUGGGAGCGCUGAGAGCUGUGGCCGCCCAGCAGACGGAGUCCGUCUCCACCCAGAAGGCUGAGAAGGAGGUGUCCAGGAUGAUCAUCGUGAUGGUGGGCUCCUUCGUCACCUGCUACGGCCCCUACGCCGCCUGCGCCCUCUGGUUCUCCUUCAGCGCCGACGAGAACAAGGACUACCGGCUGGUCACCAUCCCGGCCUUCUUCUCCAAGAGCGCCUGCGUCUACAACCCGCUCAUCUACGCCUUCAUGAACAAACAGUUCAACGCCUGCAUCAUGGAGAUGGUGUUCGGCAAGAAGAUGGACGAAUCGUCUGAAGUGUCCUCAAAGACGGAGACGUCUUCGGUCUCCACAGCGUCUUAAUGUUUGGAGCCGAAACACCACAAAGGACAUUUGUUUCCAUAAAGGACUUUUCCGGGCUCAAGAGUCGGAGACACGAAACUCUGUGAGAGCUCAGAAAAAGAUUUAUGACAAACCGUGUAAAUACAGUUUAUACUCAGAACCGAGAGUCCGAGUCCAGCCGAGCGCUAUUCUACGUAGAACAUGUUUGUUAAGAUAAAAGGCAACGAAAAAACCCAAUAAAAAUGUCUUCAACCGUUUGUCUGUCCUCGCUUCAGUCGUGGUGCCGCUGAAGAACCAGCAGAACCGAGUCUUAAAGAACCCGUUUACACAGAACCAACCAGCUGACAGGAAACGUUCCCACAACGCUGGACACCAGAACCUACGAGCUCUAGUAAAGAAAACGUUUUGAUCAUUUCCAAGAACGUUCACAUUAAGUUAGUAUAACGUUCUGAGGAUGUUGGCAGGAACACAGAUUAUGUUCCACGACAACAAAGCAGGAACGUUCUUGAGCCAACGUUCAAAACACGUUUACAAAAUGUUCCCGUACUUUGAUAUGUUAAUAAUGUUCUGAGGAUGUUUUAGGGAUGACGUCGAGGGAACAAACUGUAGAACGUUCUUCUACAAAACAUUCUCACAAUGUUCCGUCAGAAGAACGUUCUCAAACCGACAUUUAAAAAAUGUUUUCAGAUGAGAGAAUGUUUUUGACAGAACGUUCCUGUAACGUGACACGUUAGAGGUGGAUCAUGGAACAUUCUUCUGUGAAACGUUUUCAUAAUGAUGACAAAGGGAACGUUCACAGAAUGUUCUUUAUAAGACGUUCUUGCAGUGCGACACAACAAAGAUGGAACAACCUUCCUACAACGUUCUGAGGAACACACACGUUCUCGCAUAAAACAAUCACUCUGGCAACAAAAAACGUUCUCUACAAAACAUUCAAAAAAUGUUUUCCAGAUGUUACAGCGUCCUCAGAUGACAGAACGUUUUUAUACAGAACGUUUAAUAACGUUCCUGUAAUGGGAUGCAUUAACAGUAGAACAGUCAGCCUCUUUGUUGAUGGAAUGUUAAUAAGACGUUCUUUUAUGAACACUUCCACAAUGAUAACGAAGGAACUGUGUAACAUUCAGAAAAUGUUUUCGAGAUGUUAUCGAGAGGUUGGAUGACAGAACGUUCACAAUACAGAGUCUAUAAAACGUUGCCACAACGUUACAUGAUAAAAACAGAGGAACGUGUUCAGUGCACAUUCGAGGUCUCACAAUGUUCCCACCAAACGUUUUUAGAACAUCUUGUGUCAUCCUGGCUAAAAGACGAACAUUCUGGGAACGGAAAGAAAACUUCCUGCUGAACAGAUGAGCAGAACUUUGCAGAACUUUUUCCGAAAGUUCUAUCUGGGAACUCGGAGAACGUUCCCAAAGCGAUGAUCUCACCUGUUGCCAUUUAAAACAUCGAUUAACUGACUGAUGCAGAACCUUCGUGAGGUGACAUAAAAACGUUAACUUAACGUUGUGGAAUUUAAACUUGAAUUUAUGCGAUUUUAAACUAAAUUCAAGUCGAGGGAACUUAUUGAAAUAAACAUCAAAACGUCACCUUGAGCUGAAGAAGUCUCCACUUUUAUCUUUACGUUAAUGAAACGUUUGACUUUGACUGUAGAGGAAACGUUUCUUCAACUCAACGCAGUUUGUUGGUUGAACAGAAUUUCAUUAGAAAUCAUCCAACAAAAAAAAAAAAAGAUGCAAACUGUUGUGCUUUUUUUUCUUUUGGUUUUGUUUAGUGCAUCGGCUCAUAUCAGGGAUUGUCUAGAAAAAAUAAACCUUCUACAAAAUAUUAAAGCUUUGCUCCAAAUACUGUUUUAGUUUGGUUUUUUUUAAAGUUUGGCGAGUUUUCUUUCUGAUUAAUGAGUCACAAUAAACCACGUUUUACCCAAAUGAUGAACAGAAAUGACAGAAACAAGUGCAAAACCAAACCGAAGUCUUAAAAAAUGGACGAAAUAUAAAACAAAAUCCUCAAAUUGGACGUUUUACAAAAAGCAGAACCCGACCAGAACCCGACAGAAACACAAGUCUUCAAGUUUAACCUCAAAACAAACGGCAAUUUUUUUUCUUUUCUGGAGGUUUACAAAAUAAAUUACUCUCCAAAAAC